AUCGCACGAUCCUGCCCGUGAGCAAUCUCCCAACUCAUCUCUGAUAAGGAAAGACAAUAUUUCUUAUUUCUUCCGAUCUGAGAAGAGUUACUUAUCACUUUAAGCCAAUUGCUUUGUAAUACUUUUAAUCCAAUCUAGUUGUAUUGUUGUUCACAAUGAGGGUCAGUUUAAACACAACAAGAGUAAUUACGUCUUACUCUGGCCUGACUUCAUUAUUAGUACAUUACCGGAAUCUAGGACAAACUGCAAUUGAAUAUAAAGAACUCCUGGAUAAGAGGAUGCAAACAUGGCAAAUUCAUUCGUACGGCGGAACCAAUGAUUUGAGAUUAUCUUAUGUAAAUCUGCCGACUUUAACUAAGCCAAAUGACAUUCUCAUUAAGGUGGAAGCAUGUAGCGUCAAUCCCAUUGAUGUGGCUAUGUCCAAAGGAUAUGGCUCUAAGGUAUUGAACGUAAUGCGGAAGGCAACAGGUAUUCUUACCGGUGCCAGUAUUACUAGCUCGGAAAUCGAGUUUCCAUUAACAAUGGGCAGAGACUUUACUGGGAUUGUACUCUCGAAAGGUCACGGUGUUGGAAAUAGGUUGGAACAAGGUGACCAAGUAUGGGGAGUUAUUCCUGUACAUCAACAGGGUUGUCACUCGGAAUGCGUCGUCGUUGAUAGUGAUUUGAUAAAUCGUCGUCCUGAAAAUGUGUCAUAUCUGGAAGGUGCCAGUAUCUUGUACGCAGGCCUUACGGCAUGGUCUGCAUUGUGGUUGACCGGUGGUUUAUGUUAUAAAAUCAAUCUAGCUGCAUAUCGAAACAAAAGAGUUUUGCUUCUUGGUGGUUCUGGUGGGGUGGGAACUCAAGCUAUUCAACUUCUAAAAGCUUGGAACAUGCAUGUUGUUACAACAUGUAGCAGCGACGCAAUCACUCUUUUGGAAAAGAUGGGUGCCGACAUCAUUAUCGAUUAUAAAUGUGACGGUGCUGACCAGUUGAUAAAGUCGGAAGGACCAUAUGACAUCAUUCUUGAUUGUGCCAAUCAAGGGCCAGAUCUAAUAAAAGUCAAAGGCUAUCCACAUUCUACCUACAUAACAUUAAACUCACCAAUGUUAAAAAAUAUCGAUAAGUACGGAUUAUUCGGUGGUGGCAUAAAGAAUAUUGUUGAUAUACUCAAAUACAACAUAUAUGAGCCACAGAAAAUUGGUUCCGUGAAGUGGGGAUUCUUUGUACCCUCCAGGACAGGACUCAAUAUGCUUCAAACUCUAGUAGAGAGUGGCAAGGUAAAACCCGUGGUCAUGGAAGUAUACGCUUUCAAAGAUCUACCCAAGGCUUAUGAACGAAUUGCACGCGGUCACUUGCGAGGGAAGCUCGUAAUCGACUUAAAGCAAGGAUCAUAAUUUGACAUUAAACAAAAUAAUUGGACAGCUCGUUUGAAGUGUCUUAAAUAAAUUUAUUAUGGAUGUAAA